AUGGCGAACGGCAACCGGCGCGCAGAGGAGUGGGCCGCCGAUCCCUCCUCAGCGCCCCUCUUCUCCCUCGAGCAGUUCGUCGCGGCACAGUUCGUCGCGGCACAGUUCGUCGCGGCACUGUGUACUAUGGAGGUGUCGGAGGCUAGGGCCGCACCCGCGUUCAACACGAGUAACACGGAGACAGCAACCACCAGCGCCGCCUCUGCCCCUCUACCACGCCGUACCAUCGUUGUCGAGGUCCCAGAUGACGACGACAAUGAAGCCGAAGCCGACGAUGACGACGUGCCUGACCUUGAAGAGGCCCCUAUGCCUGUACCCAGGCCUGUUGACAAUGGCUGUGGGGUGGACGUCACGCCGACCCCUGUGGUCUAUGGGAUCGGCGUCGGGGUACACGGUGGUGAAAUGCCGAUGUCGCCUCGUUCAUUGGCCUCGAUCAGCGCCGCAAUCAUGGCGGCUUUGCCAGUGGUAGUCCCCUUCAAUCCUGACCGUUCCCGCUACUACACUGUCACCCGUGGCAAGGCGGUCGGUGUCUUCACUGACUGGACGGCCGUCUCGCCGCUAGUCAUUGGAGUGCCGUGUUCGGUUUUCAGCCGCUACGCGACGUUUCGGAAUGCGCUCGCUGCGUUUGAGGAUGCUGCUGCUAGCGGGACUGUAGCCAUCAUAUCCUGA